CACAGCACAUGCAGAGUCCCGUGACUGGCAUGAUCAGUCAGCUGUUGCAUAAAACAGGCGUACACUGGUUCCAUAGCACAGUUGCUUGUUAUCCAACGAAGCAAUAAACCACACUUGGCUAACGUUCUACGUUAACGUUGAUAAAUUUGCUCGUCGUAUUGCAAAAUAUCGCUAAAAUAUGAGCCAUUGCAACCAACAUUUAAGAAAGGAGGAACGCCACCACAGACAGGCUGAGAACAAAGCUGAACGGCGAGAAAAUAGACUUCACGGAAAGGCUGUCAAUCAAGCACUACAUGGCAAUGUCCUUGCAGCAGCCAAUCUAGAAUCCCGUUCAAGGGCGGCAGGAAAUCGAGCUGAUGCGCACCAUGCCAAGGCCGACGCAAUACAUGCAAGUCACCAUCCACCCCAUCACCCUGGACCAGUACAUCACUAUCCGGAGCCUCAUCACCACAACGGACCACAUCACUACCCCCAUGCCCCCGCUCACAAUUCACAUGUCCACAAUCCGCAUCCACACGGACAUGUGACUGUCGUACAUCAUCACCACACACCGCCACCGCAUCCCCACACGGGAUAUCCCCACCACACAGCUUAUCCACAUCAUCACUAAUCGUGACGUCAUCAAGCUCGAAUGGUAUCCAUGGCAACCAACAAUAUAAUAUGCCAUUAUAAUAGGCUUCAAUAAUAUUGAUAACCGUUAUUACCGUCUCUGUGCUUUUGAAGUCCACUCUUGUUAUAGCAAGAACGUUGCUGCUCCUCGGAUAUUUGGAAAUCAUAUCCAUAAGUUUUGAAUACUUACGAUGUCGUCCAAUAUUGGUCUCAUUACAAAAUUUUACGUAUAAUAUGUUAUUUUAAGGGAGGUAUAUAUAUUUGGAUGCAAUUAACUGUGGACGAAUGCAUGUUUCAGUUAGAUACUUUCGAUUUAGUGAAGUAUUUUAAUCCAUAGCACCGGUGUUUAACAUUUUGAUCUCCAAUAUUAUUUUAUUCAUAUAGCAUGGUUAAUACAUACUCAGUGGUACCAACAAUAUCGCCACAUUGCUCUCACCAAUUUGGGUGUUUAAAAUGUAGAGUGACUUGUAAGUGUUAUUAUGUAAUGUAUAAGUAAUAUAUUAAAUUUCGAAUCACUCUAAUGAA